UUUUACGAUUGACUGACUCGCAAGUGUUACAGCGUCAGAACUUAUUGACGCACAGGCUGCAAUAAUUCGCUGUUUUAUGUCGUAAGGUGUAGUUGGUACUUUGUACACUUCAUCUUUCAGUGUUCCCCACAGAAAGAAAUCUAGAGGUGUUAGAGCUGGCCACGAUAUUGGAUCGCCGCGUCCAAUCCAACGACACUGAUGGUCGUCAUUUCGAACAGCUACUAUAGGCGUAUGUUUCAUUUAUGUACUACCAAAACCUUAACUUGGAUCACGAGCGCACCGUGCCGGUGUUACCGGUCACAGUUCCCGAGGGUUCGUCGUGCAAUUUAAAUGACUGCGACACGCAGCAAAUGUCUCCCGGGGUCGGGCAACAACAGCAGCUUACCCGCAGUCUGGUCUCGGUUGGUUCUAGCGUCUGCCGAAUAUGUCACACGAAUACGUCCAAGGAGCCACUCAUUUCACCUUGUAGGUGCAAAGGAACGCUUGCUUACGUGCACCUCGCCUGUUUAGAGAGAUGGCUAAACCAAACCUCGCGCACUUAUUGCGAACUGUGCCGUUAUCACUUCAACGUUGUCGAAACACCACGUUACCGAUUACCGGAAUCAUUAAGAAUAUGGAUCAGCCAUCCGAGGAACCGUAGAAACAUGCAGUCAGACUUGCUUAUCUUCACAUUGCUUUCCAUCGUUACGGUGGGUAUGAUAACUGUUUGCGUUUUAGGUAUGCAAUAUUUCGUUAUCGAAGGGAAGAAGAUCGGCAUUUCAAGGUUCUGGACGAGAAAGGCCGUCUGGUUCUUUCUAACUAUCGUCGUGUUGGGAUACAUCACAACGGUAUACUCAUUGGGAAAAGAGCAGGUGUCGCCCUGGUACAGGUGGUGGAAGAGCACCGUGAACGUCAGGCUUAUCAGGGACCCUCAACUUUUCAGGCGACCGUCCGACGAAUCGUUUCAAGGUUUCGAAACUCAAACGACUGGCGACUCCGCUUUGAAUAAUAUCAGACAUACCAGUGCUAGUCCACAUCCAGAGUGACAACGAUAUCAGCAUUUAUAUCAUAUCUUCCUCCUCUAGUAUGUAUAUUACAAAAGUAAUGAUAAGUAGCAUUCUGG